AUGGCCGUCGAAGCCAAGGACGAGGGUUCCGCCAUCGAGAGGGAGCGACAGCUCUCUGUCGAUGUCGAUGCCAAGGACCAUACCGACUACGACCGCGUCGACAAAGAACUCGCCAAGUAUGUCGCGUCGUCACGGAUUGAGAUCUCGCCCGAGAAGAACGAUGAGUUGAGGCGCAAGAUUGACAAGCGGGUGCUCGCCAUCAUGAUCGCAACCUACUUCCUGCAAGCCAUCGACAAAGGCACCAUGUCGUUUGCGUCCAUCAUGGGCAUCCGAGAGGACACGAACCUGACGGGUCAGGAUUACAACUGGCUGACGACGUGCAUCUACAUCACAAUCCUCAUUGUCGAGUACCCGCAAAACUUCACCAUCGCCCGAGUGCCCAUCGGCAAGUAUCUGAGCUUCAACAUCGUUGCUUGGGGUACGGUCCUCGCCUGCACGGCAGCGUGCACGACGUUUGCACACCUCGUGACUGUCCGCACGCUGCUCGGUCUGUUUGAGUCUGUGUGCCAGCCGGCAUUUGUCGUCAUGUCGUCCAUGUGGUACCGGCGAGAGGAGCAGGCGGCCAGAGUAACAUACUGGUACAUGAUGAACGGGGCGCAGCAGAUUGUCGGCGGCCUCCUUGCAUAUUGCUUCAGCCUCAUCACCUCGGGGCCGCUCAAGUCGUGGCAGUGGAUCUUCCUCGUCUACGGCGUCAUUUCCGUGGUCUUUGGCCUCUUCGUGGGAUGGUGGCUGCCCGACUCUCCGAUGAGGGCCAAGUGCUUCUCCGAAGAGGACAAGCACCUCAUGGUGGAGCGUGUCCGUGACAACCAGACGGGCAUCCAGAAUCGCGAGUGGAAGAAGCACCAGUUCUGGGAGGGCCUGACGGACCCGCAGGUCUGGGGCUAUGCGUUGGUGCAGCUAUGCACGACGCUGCCCACGUCUGGGUUGGGGGCGUUCCAGGGCAUCAUCAUCAAGAGCUUCGGCUUCACGACGCUGCAGACGCAGCUGCUGGCCAUGGUGCUGGGCUUCUACAUCAUCAUCGUGCUGCUUGGGUCGGUGUGGCUGGUCAAGAAGACGAACCAGAACCUUCUGGUGAUGCUUGGCUUCGUAGUGCCCUCCUUUGUCGGCACAAUCUGCCUCAUGACGGUGCCGCUGGAUACAAAGAGCCAGAAGAUCGGCCUCGUGAUAUGCUACUACAUCACGCUGUCGUUUUGGUCGGCGCAGACGCUCGCACUGUCCAUGGUGUCGCGCAACGUCGCCGGACAGACGAAGAAGAGCGUCGCAGUCGCCGUCAACUUUAUCGUCUGGGCGACGGGCAACGCAAUCGGGCCCCAAGUCUUCCUCGACCGGGACAAGCCGCGAUACUUUAUCGCCUUUGCGACGCACCUGGGUUGCUACAGCCUCCUCGUCGUGGUCAUUGUCGCGCUGCGGUGGUACCUCGUGCGGCAGAACAAGGUGCGGGAUAGGAUGGCCGAGGCGGGCGUGCGGGAGGCGCGCGACGAGCAGAUGCUGCACGCGUUUGAGGAUCUGACGGACCGGGAGAACCCCAACUUCCGCUAUGUGUAUUGA